AUGGCCGGAGGUCUUGAUGCCCAAUUUGCCUCGAUGGUACAAAGAGAAGAAGACGGGCAUGACCAUGACUAUGAAGUGGACUGCAGACCCACCAGAUUCACUCAGCGGGGGUCAUCCCAACAUCCUGACUCUUACUUUCCAAAUACCCCUGGCCCAAACGACGCCGGACGGACCAAGAGGAAACAACCUUCAAACUCACCAAAGGGCUGGGGCAAGACCGUUUGGGCCCUGACUGGUGGCAUUGCCGGCAAGGUCUUCGAUUUCUGCUGGAACACCACCUUCAAAGGGUUCCACGCGGGCGGGGGAGAUGGAUACCGCUUCGACCUCGGUACGCCCGAUGUUGCUUCAAAUACAUGGACGGAAGUGGAUUCUCGAGAGGAUGUGUUUCAUGCCGACUACCCUGUCCCCCCCAUUAGACGGGAACGGUUACAUACUCCAGUUCCGGGUGGUUUUCCAGAAGAACCAAACUUCACCCAAGAUUACAUGUCUAACACAUCUCCACCUCGGAUGAACGAUUUAGUUUCAACUCCGACGAUGACCACUGGUCGAGCUGCGGGCUCUAUCUAUCGAGACAGUUGGGUCGUGGUGGACCGCCCCAAAGAAAGCAUAUCAAGGGAAAGCAGCCCAGUACGAAAGAAAUCGAGAGCAAGCACCGCAAACCUCUAUGGCCGUGCAGCUCCUCCGAGACAUGCCAGCAGCUCGGGCCGCCCGCGUCUGGUUUCGCGAUCAUCCACCCACAGACCUUCGGCAUCUUUUGCCUCACCUCGUACAUUUUCAUCUUUGAAUCCGAACACACUCACUCACUCCUCGCAGAGGCGGCAGUCUGUCUCCAGCGCCAACACCGACCUCCAGGAGCAGGCGCCUCAAAACGCAAAAGUUUCAACCAGCAGCAAAGCUUCGCUGGCCUCACCCCGCCGACAUGCUAGCCAACCCGCCUCUUCGGCCUCGAUAUCUCAACCGUCUCCGGAGGUACGCAAGUUCGAGCAGAAGCUGCGACGCAAAGAAGCAAAACGGGACGAAACGAUGAAUCGGUUCAAUUCCCAGUUAGAGGCCAUGAUACGCGAAGGGCAGCAAGCUUUGGGAUCCAAAAUUGAAGUUGAGAUCGACGACGGCGCGGACCUGGAUGUCGACGAGGGGUAUGGAGGAGAUGAUGGCAAUGGCAAGAGUUUAGAGAGAUGGGAGAGGGACUAUGUUCGGCCAGGGCUCUGGGCUUAG